UUUGCGCUAUUCUUUCCUCGGUCCAGCGGCAAGCGAUCGACGCGGAAAUGGGUGUCAGGAAAACAAUAUAUAGAUGAAAAAAAAAAAAAAGGGCAACUAAAAAAAGAAAAAGAAGAAAUAGCAAUGAGGAAACCGGAUGUCCCGGAUAUAGGCUUAGCCGCGCCGUCCCCGCCUCUUGUUUCGUGGUUCCGACCGGUCGACCGGUUGGGGCCAUUCUCUGACGGCAUUCUCGCAAGCGUUCGCCAUUGGAUAGUUAUCGGUCCUUUUGCGAAACACGAACCGCUCUCGCGGACAACUUGUCAAAUACUUGCAGCAUCUCCCGCGGGGCCUCUAACUUGAGCGAGAGAAGAAAAAAAAGAAAAAAAAAACGUCCGUGUGUGCGGAUCUGUCUCUCGCCCUCUUUCAAGUUCGACGGGAGCACCGCCGAAUCGUCGGUUGUGGCCCAGUGACUUCCAGUGUUGCUCUUCCUCGUCGUAUGCUUCGGUUGUCGUCGUAGCGCCUGGUCGUUCGUCAAGAUGUCAACCAUCAUCAGUCUGGACAGUUUUUUGACUGAUUACCUUCAUCUUCCGCAAGAUCCUCGAACAAAGGACUGGGUGAUGGUGAAGUACCCUUCAAUGGUGCUGUCUACCAUUGGAUUGUACCUCUACUUUGUGAAAGUUUGGGGUCCCAACUAUAUGAAAGGUAGGCAACCGUACAACCUCAAGACGGCCAUCUUGCUCUACAAUGCUUUCAUGGUCGUCGCCAGUACCGUGUUUCUCGUGAGGAUACUGAGCCUUACGUACGUCGGAGGUGGGUACAGCCUCUUCUGUCAGGGCCUGGACUACUCCACGGCACCAAUGGCCAUGGAACUACUCAACGUCUACUGGUGGCUGAGGAUAGUCCGUCUCGCAGACUUUCUGGAUACUAUCUUCUUCGUGCUUCGGAAGAAGUUCAGCCAGGUGUCAGCCCUGCACGUUGUUCAUCAUGCCCUUGUCGCCUUGGAUUGCUGGUUUUGGCAUCGCAUCGGAACUGAUGGACACUCGUCGUUUAUCAUCUGCCUGAACACGUUCGUUCACGUUGUGAUGUACUCCUACUACCUCCUUUCUUCGCUCGGACCUCACAUGCAGAAGUACCUGUGGUGGAAGAGGUACCUUACCCAGCUUCAAAUCACGCAGUUCAUUGUCGCCAUGUUCCACGGAUCUAUUCCCCUAUUCUACGACUGUGGUUAUCCCAAGCUGUACGUCUAUUUCGCUAUGCCGCAGGGUGUGCUAUUUUUGUACCUCUUCUUCCAAUUCUAUUUCAAAGUGUACAUUCACCGUCCUGGCAAAGGGUUUCAUACUGUGUGCAACGCUCAGACGGGAUUAAUUACUCAAGAUGAGAAGCAGCAAGAAGUGAAGAGCAGUUAGCGUAAAUAUGGUGUUAGAAUUACGUUUUUUUUUUCGCGUUUUAUUCCCGGUGGUGAA